UGGAAGCGGGAAUCGGACUAUUAGAAGAUGAAUCAUUUGAUGUGUUACUUGUCCUCUCAUGACAUGGCAAGAUAAUCGAUUGAUGUUAACUGAACUGUCAGAACUUUCAGAUCAAAUUGUGUCUUUCUGGCCUUUCUCGAUAAAUUAGGUGUUGUGGGUGAUUGCAAGGACCUGUUGUCAUUGAUAUAGAUUGUUAUUGAUAAUCAUCAGUGAGAUCAUUGAGUUUCUUAUGCCGGAUUUGCAGGAUUCUGACUGCAAUUUUUUGGUGUCUAAUGAGUGUGAGCUCUUCAUAACUGCACCAUGCAAAAGAAGCUUCAAUUCUCAUGCCAUUCGCUUGGGUUCACGGAAAAUUCCGAAUCGACAUGAUAAUGGUUUGCUGAAACAAAGAGCUAUCAAGGAGUUGACGUCGAGGGAUUCAUCCUUAUGAUAUAUUUGAUCGAAUCAUCAAGCCAGGAGAUUUACACGAGGUCAACUGAACCCAAAUGGAGUACGCUAUAAUUCUGAACAAAAUGAGAAAUCUUGUCCAAUUGCAGAAGGUAGGAAUAGGAUGGAAGAGAUAUGUUAACCGAACUGCAGAGUGAUUCCGGGUCAAACCGGCCCGCCCGGAAACUAUCGGGUGAAACCCGACCCGAAGCCGGUGACCUGAAAAAGCCGGGCAGCUGAAAGCGCUUUCUAACGGCAGAAAUGUCUGGAACUUCGAAGAAAGGCGACGACUACUGAAAGAGGGAAGGAGAUGGCGGCUUCUUCUUCGUACUCGAAAGUGGCCGGGGCUGCGGCGGGUAAGGUCGGCCUGGCCGCCAAGCGCCAGGUCCUGUCCUUGACGGACGCCGCCGCGUCGAGGAUCCGCCACCUGUUGCAGCAGCGCCACAGCCCUUUCCUUCGGCUUGGCGUCAAGGCUCGCGGCUGCAACGGCUUGUCCUACACCCUCAACUACGCAGAUGAGAAGGGGAAAUUUGACGAGUUGGUCGAAGACAAAGGGGUGAAGAUUUUGAUCGAUGCAAGGGCCCUGAUGCACGUCAUUGGAACCGAGAUGGACUUUGUGGAUGACAAACUCAGAUCUGAGUUUGUCUUCAUAAAUCCAAACUCUAAGGGCCAGUGUGGCUGCGGAGAGUCCUUUAUGACUGUGAGCAGUGCAGAAGCGGCUAGGCGAGGAGGUAGUUGAGGCACUUGCUCGAGCUGGGAACUGACUGAAUUGAAAAUCACAAACAUCAGAUGUGCUGGAAGCAAUAUCUGAGGUGCUACACUUACUGAAGGGUGCUAUGCUUACUGAUGUUUGCCCGGUUCAACCAAUAUGUUAGAUGGUUCAAUAGGUUCUGUUUCCCUUUUUCUUUGUCCUGCCUCUUUUAAAGCAGACACUUAUCAAACUCGUUAUGUACAUUUUGUGAUUAUGCACCGUUGUCAGACCCCGAAGAGCAGAAGAAAAGAGAAACAUAGCAAAAAAUGAGUCGGUCUUCCUUUGCAAACCAUUGUUAGCGUUUCCUUUGCUUUAUCGACAGGCGGGAUGAUCUACAAUAGAAAGGUUAGAAAUACAUUUAUGGUACAUCCAAGUAAAUUUCUUGUACUUUUAGUAACUUGUGUUUUUGUAUAAUUUAUUUGAGUUAUAAAUAAAUUAUUUGAAGUUUUUCAAGCAAA